AGAACAAAAUUUGGAAGAUUAGGUAGAAAAGAAAGAAAGCGAAGGAAACAAACUGUAUCUCUCCAGGCUUCAGCUUCAGCUAUGGCGGCCGAGAAUCCUCCUUCAAGCGCUGUAGACUUCGACACGAGUCCCGAUUCCGGUUCAAACCACAACCCAAACGCUAAUGAUUUGACCAAUCAAGACUCUUCCAACGCACUGACACUCCCUUCCACCGCCGUUUGUCUCGGCCGUUUCGCCGGAGAUGCUGCUGGCGGCGCCGUCAUGGGCUCUAUAUUCGGCUAUGGUUCUGGAUUGUUUAAGAAGAAAGGAUUUAAGGGAUCAUUUGCUGAUGCGGGUCAGUCUGCAAAGAAUUUUGCAAUUUUAUCUGGAGUGCACAGUUUGGUUGUCUGUCUUCUCAAGAAACUGCGAGGGAAAGAUGAUGCCAUUAACGUUGGAAUUGCUGGAUGCUGCACUGGCCUUGCUCUUAGUUACCCCGGUGCACCACAAGCAAUGCUACAGAGCUGUGUCACUUUUGGUGCCUUUUCUUUCAUCCUCGAAGGACUUAACAAAAGGGAAACAGCUUUAGCUCACUCUGUCUACUUGAGACAUGAUGAUCAAACCAGAAGUCUGAGAGAUGAUUUACCACUCUCUUUGGCUCUCCCCAUCCAUGAAGAGAUCAAAGGAGCUUUCUCUUCUUUCUGCAAAUCUUUAACUAAGCCCAAGAAGCUCGGCUUUCCCAGCUCACGUUGAUUCAAGUUUUUGUUUUAAUCCAACUACUUCCUUUUUGUAGAUGUUAAAAGAACAGAUGAAAACAAGAAUCAUGUUUCAAAAGUUUUCCAUUCUAUGUGCU